GUCCAUAUCCAUCACCUAUAAAAUGGUCCACAAUUUUUAUUUCCCUAUUUUAGAUUCUUGCCUUCAAGUUUCCGAGUCGUAUCAGACGCUUUUCUCCCCUUCUCUGAAAUUACCUUGCUAUCGUUUUCUGGAAGAAAAUUUUUUGAGAUGGCCCGUACGAAGCAAACUGCUCGUAAGUCUACCGGCGGCAAGGCUCCAAGGAAGCAGCUUGCCACUAAGGCUGCUCGCAAGUCGGCACCGACAACCGGAGGCGUGAAGAAGCCUCACCGAUAUCGCCCUGGAACUGUAGCUCUGCGUGAAAUCCGGAAGUACCAAAAAAGCACUGAACUCCUCAUCAGGAAACUGCCUUUCCAAAGGCUCGUUCGUGAAAUUGCCCAAGACUUUAAGACUGAUCUACGUUUCCAGAGCCAUGCUGUAUUGGCGUUGCAAGAGGCGGCAGAGGCAUACCUUGUUGGGUUGUUCGAAGAUACCAACCUGUGCGCCAUCCAUGCUAAGCGUGUUACAAUCAUGCCCAAGGACAUUCAACUUGCUAGGAGGAUUCGUGGUGAAAGGGCUUAAUAAAUUCACCUCUCUGAUUUGCUUGUUUGUUGUUAGGAUAUUUGCUUUCUUUGAUGUUUAAUGAAUUCAGAAUGGUCUGAUGCUGUAAAAACCUUGACCUAUAAAUAUAGUUUGUGCUUUUUAUUACGAAUCA